AUGGCAAUAACCCGCUUAAAAUUGAAGAAAAGCUUUCGCGCCACACUUUCCAUGAAAAAACUUGCUAAUGCUGAAAAAAUGUACAGCUUUACUGCUACCGGCCCGACCACUCGGAGACUUUACAAAUACCUAAAGGCACAUGAGAAUUCAUCCAUUGUUUGGGCGGCAUAUGCGUGCAUCAAUGAAAAUAUUAAACUUUAUGGUGUUACUUAUGAUCCACAAAAUAAAACCGUAUCAGCCAGAAAAUUUGAUGUCAAGAAGAAUAUUACUGAAAUUAUUUAUAAUGGACGUAAACGAAUUUCUGGUAUCGGAAUGGUUUAUAAUAUUCGAACCCGUAUUUAUGAAUCAGAUCAAUCUCAAACAGACUCACCAUUUGCUGCUGAACAGGUAUCUGUCCCAAUCGUAGGAACAUAUUAUCUACGAAACACCAAAUUCUUUUGA